AUCUUGUUGCUUCAUUCUUUUAUAUUAUAAAUUGCCCUCCUCUCAUAUCCCAACUUCUUAAGGUUUUCUUUUGUUGCCUCAUUUUUGUAAGCACUGGUUUGUCUCUUUGCACUGCUACUUUUUCUUGUUGCUUCAAGUGUUGCAUUUUAGCAAUCCAAUAACUACUUUGAUUUUCCUCUGGCAAUUUUUUAGGAGUCCUCCACGCAAAAGCAGUGGCUAUUCUAGGCGUGAAAGGUUUUUGUACCAUGGUUGGAUUCAGUUAGUACCUCCUAAUACUUUAAGUUUUUGGAUCAAAUGGCCCGAUAAUAUCUACUAGGAAUGGGAUGGUCUUGAACCAAUAAGGACAGCUUGUUCUUUGGCUUGGAUGCUAAGCGUCGAAUUAUUUAAUUAAAACUUGCUUAGGAUUUUGAGUUCAUUAUUCAGUGAUUAAUAAUUAUGCUUGAGGUGUGAAACAUGAGAUGCAAUGUCUGCCUAAAUAUUUGGGGAAUGAGUAUUUUAAAAAAUAUAUAUUUUAGUAUUGGUUGUAUAAUAUAUUAAUUUAUAUUCAAAUUCACAGCUCAAUUAAAAGCUAACUUCUCUUCUAUGACUUGCAUCAUAAGGGUCAAAACUAGUAUGGACUAUACAAAUUUGCUGUGCAUGGAUUGUCAAACACUUUUAAGUCACUCAACAACUGCUAUUAUAUACAUCGUUGCAUGUUCAUUUUUCUAUCAACCCCAAAUUUCCUCCUGUAAUUAAUUUAAAAUUUUAACACACACAGAGAGAGCGAGAGAGUUGCAGUGUAUGGUUAAUUAAAUAAGACAAUUUGCCAUGUUAUCUCUCUCUCUCUCUCAACCACAUGCAUUACAUGAAUAAAAAAGCUCAAAUGAAGCAACCUAUACUACUAUAAAAACCUUGCACAUAAAGCUUCAAUUAAUUUCAUUCCAUAACUAUCCUUUACAAUGCCAUCUGCAGUGUCUGCAGAGAUUAGCACAACCCAAUUACAAAAGCUUCAAUUCUCACCCAAUAACUCCUUUAAUAGGACUACUCUAACCAAAACAUUGGCCAUUUCAGGACUAGUCUUGUACUUGUUCUCCAUUUUCCUUUUCAACGAUCAUCCCAAUUGCCAAGCUUCCCACUUCUUUCUCCCGUUAGGGUUCACGCGGCCAACGCCUCCGAAACCAAACCCUACCGAUCAUCAUUCUCCCACUGAUCUCAGCCACAUUGUUUUCGGACUUCUAGGCUCUGAAAAAGGAUGGAGAUACAGGAAGUCCUACGUCGAAACAUGGUGGCGACCUAAUGUCACCCGGGGAUACCUCUACCUAGAUAGAGCUCCCGCCAAGGACCUCUUUCCGUGGUCUUCGUCCUCUCCUCCUUUUCGAGUCUUUGAAGACAACGCAAAGCUUUUAGAUCUAGAAGAGAGCAAGCACGUAGCACCGAUACUGGUUCGUUUGGUACACGCCAUUUUGGAGGCGUUUAGACAGGAACAAGAAGGAGUGAGAUGGUAUGUUAUGGGGGACGAUGACACCAUUUUUUUCGUUGACAAUAUGGUUGGGGUUUUGUCGGGGUAUGAUCAUACUAAGUACUUCUACAUCGGUGGCCAUUCGGAGACUCUCCGGUCGAAUUUCUUUCACUCGUUUGAUAUGGGGUUUGGUGGAGCUGGCUUUGCUUUGAGCUAUCCUUUGGCGGCAGCAUUGGCUAGAGAUUUAGAGAACUGCCUCGAGAGAUAUUGGUACCUUCGUGUAUCUGAUCAAUUCUUGAUGUCUUGUGUAGCUGAUUUUGGGGUUUCUCUAACUGCUCACAAAGGUCUUCAUCAGAUUGAUUUACUGCAUGAUAUAUCAGGUCUCCUAUCUGCUCACCCACAAGCUCCUUUGCUCUCCCUCCACCACUUCGACAAAGUAGACCCCAUCUUCCCCGCCAUGAACCGCAUUGAAUCCACAAACCACCUCAUGAAGGCCGCCAAUGUAGACCAGUCUCGCUUGCUGCAACAAACCAUCUGCUAUCAGAAGCAAACCAACCGGUCAUUUUCGAUCUCAUGGGGCUACUCCGCCCACGUCUACGAAAACGUCUUCCCUCGAAGCAUUCUGAAGAAACCCCUCGAGACUUUUAGGCCGUGGUCCAAGGAUCGGCCUCCGAGGCCUCCACAUUACCGGUUCGACACGCGAUGGCCUUCCGACGAUCCCUGUGAAGCUCCUCAUGUUUUCUUCUUCGAAUCCGUAGGGAAAAGUGGCAGGGGAGAUGAGAUUGUUACCAACUAUGUUCGAUCAUGGCCGCGUGGUUUGCCUGCUUGUUCAGUGUUUGGAAACCAUUCUGCAGAUUAUAUAUCCAAGAUUCAGGUCCUCUCACCAGUGAUGAAGCUCCCUGAGGAUGGAAGAAGUGAAUGCUGCGACGUUUCACCUUUGGGUGGAACUAACAUUAUAGGGGUGAAAUUGAGGGCUUGCAUGGAGGAUGAAAUAAUUGCUUAAAUUGAAUGUAACAUAUAUAUAUAUAUAUAUA